AUGGAAUCUAUUCUCAGUAUGGACCAAUCUAAUUAUAAAACUAUGGACGAAACGUCCAAGGACCCUUCGUCGCCGACCUAUGAUGUCGAGGAUCUCACUCCAGUGGGAUCAGAAUCGCAAUCAGUGGCUCCAACUGGUACACGAAGAUUGCUUCGUCCGUUCCAGUUCUUACUGACUCCUCAUUUCUGGAUCAUUUUCAUCCAUGGCCAGAUCCUGUCGAUGAGUAUUGUGUCCACCAACACUCUGUCGUCGUUUUUGGCUAAUGGAGGUAAUAGUAUUCCUGCUUUUCAAACUCUGUUCAAUUAUGUGAUUCUGGCACUUAUUUUCAUUCCGUUCUGCAUGUACAAGUACGGAAUCCGCAAAUGGUUCACCACUUUGUGGAAAGAUAGUUGGAAAUAUUUCAUUUUCGCUUUUGCCGAUGUCGAAGGUAACUACUUUGUCGUCAAAGCUUAUGCUUAUACCAACAUUCUAAGUGCUGCUUUAUUAGAUAACUUUGCCAUUGUAGUAGUUAUCAUCCUUUCGUUUUGCUUGCUGAAGGUCCGUUAUCACUGGACCCAGCUUCUUGGUGUUGUUGUUUGUAUUGGUGGUAUGGCACUUCUAGUUGUGUCUGAUUUCAUCACCGAUAAAGACUACCCUGCUGUCAAUAUGGUUAAAGGAGACUUGUUUGUGCUAUUAGGAGCUGCUUUCUACGGAGUAUCCAACACUGCUCAAGAGUACUUUGUUUCCAAACGUCCUGUGUACGAAGUUCUAGGAUUUCUAGGAUUCUGGGCCGUGAUUAUCAACGGUGUCCAAGUAGCCAUUUUCGAGCGUACCAGUAUCCAAGAAGCUGCCUGGAGCGGUCCUGUUGCCGGAUACUUUGUCGGAUACACCCUGUCACUGCUACUUCUGUACAUGACAUGUCCCAUUCUGCUGCGAAUGUCGUCUGCCGCCUUCUACAACCUGUCACUGCUGACCAGCGACUUCUGGUCCCUUCUCAUCGGAAUCCGCGUGUUCGGUUACUACGUCUACUGGCUGUACCCCGUCGGAUUCGUCUUCACAGUCCUCGGCAUGAUCAUCUACUACGCGGCUCCCCAAACGGCCCUUGGCGAAGCCAUCAAACCCUGGCUCGGCGAGAACCAAUCCAAGGGCAUUGUCGGCCUCGGAACCGCCCGAAAACACGUCGACGGCGAGAUAGAAGAGCCCUCCGACCUCUAA